AUGCUCUUCACAACACUCCUCCCCCUCACCCUCCUCACCAGCAUCCUCGCCUCCCCCGUCCCAACGACCGAAACCACCCCCUCCCCCACCACCACCUGCUCCACCCUCACCACAAAACAAGACUACUACCAAGGCUACCAAUCCCCCAGCCAAUGCGGCAUCAACGUCGCCAGCGGCAACAUCACCUCUGGCACCUGCGUCACCAUCACCACUCAAGGCAUCAUGCUCUUCCCCGCAGACACUAAAUGUACGUAUAGUCUCUGGAAGGGUGUGACGGAUUGCAGUGGUCAGGUUACGGAGACAUUUGAUUUGGGGGUGAAGACGGAGGGCGUGGAGAGUCAGGGGGUUUGUGUGGGGACGGGCGUUAUGGAUGGUGGGAAGUGGUAUCAUGGGAGUGGGUUUUUGAGUUGUGGAUGUUGA